GGCUCGACGGCACCGACGAGCCCGGUGGGGCGGCCAGCGCGCGGGCUCGACGGUACCGACGAGGCAGGGAAGCGAGCGCGGGCCCCGCAGACGGUCCCCGACGCGGCACCAUGGAGGACAGGCGGGCCGAGCUGACCUGUCGCGUCUGUGGGGACAAGGCCUCGGGCAAACACUACGGCGUGCCCUCCUGCGACGGCUGCCGCGGCUUCUUCAAACGCUCCAUCCGCCGCUGCCGACAGAACCUGGAGUACGUCUGUAAGGAGAGCGGCCGCUGUGUGGUGGACGUGGCUCGGAGGAACCAGUGCCAGGCGUGCCGCUUCUCAAAGUGUCUCAACGUGAACAUGCGCAGAGAAGCGGUGCAGCACGAGAGGGCUCCACGCUCCUGCGUGAAGCGCCAGCCGAGUCUGCUGCCACCGGAGGGCACCACGCCGCUCCUGCUGUCCGGGCCUGCCUUCGCGCCGUUCGCGCCCUACCCGGGCCCGUUCCCGGCGUUCCGGCCGUUCCCGCUGGUGCCGCCGCCGUUCCUCGGCUCGUACGCGGAGGAGGAGGAGGUCUCUAGCUCGCAGAUCGACGUGGUUCGCGUAGACGACUCGCCGGCGCCCGAGCAGCCGACCGCCUCCGCCGAGGAGGGUCGGCUGGCGGCAGGUCCCUGCCUAACAGCCGACAGACGUCCAUCUGAUGAGCUGCACCCGGCCACCUCGCGGCCGUCCGAGGCAGCUCUAGAGACGGCCGCCAAGCUGCUCUUCCUGGCCGUGCGCUGGGCACACACCAUACCAUCUUUUAUACAGAUGUCGCGACUGGAGCAGAGUGCGCUGCUGGAAGCCAGCUGGAGUGAGCUGUUCGUCAUCAGCGCCGCCCAGUGGCCUCUUGUCAUCGACAGCCCGUCGGAGCUGGCGGCCGCCUGCGGUCCGCGCCUGCAGCCGGAGCUGGAGCGGCAGCUGGCCGGGCUCAUCGACAUCAUCCAGCGUUUCGCCGACCUCAAGGUCGAUCACACCGAGUACGCCUGCCUGCGGGCGCUGGUGCUCUUCAAACCAGAGGUGAAGUCGGUACGAGACCCCAAAUACAUUGAAAUUCUGCAGGAUCAGACCCACCUGAUGCUGUACGAGUAUGUUUUCUCUCAGAAAAUGGCGGCCAAGGCGCGGUUCGGCCGCCUGCUCCUGCUGCUCUCGUCCCUGCGGACCGUGUCCGGCACGUUCCUGCAGGAGGUGUUCUUCAAGCGGGCGCUGGGAGGCGUGCCGAUAUCGCAGCUGCUGGCGGACCUCAACGGCAGCUCCACUGCCAUCUAGCGGCAGGCAGCGGUACUGACAGCUCGAGUUGGCCCACCGCCCGCGUCACCCGCUCGUUGUUCGUGCCGCGCCGGGAUGGAGCGGGCGAGCCCCGUGCCGUCGGUGACAGGGGUACGCGUUCAUUCACGCGCGUGUUAUUUGUUGGCGGGUGGCAGCAGCGGAUCAGAGGAGGCAGCCGCGGCGAUCAACCGAGCCAGGUGUUGGAGGGUAGCUCUGUUCGCGGUCGCCGACACACCCGGCUUCAGCGCCACGACCGACCGUAUCUCGAUGUUGCAUACACGUUUCUAGGUGUACACCAGGCUGUUGUCUUCAGACCACACACUCCUCUUUCCUCAUUUCCCGUUCCAUACCGGAUCCCAGCAGCGUCCCCGUCCUUCCAGGGCAGGUUACGGCUGUUGCGUCAUGAGCCGGCUUCACUGCCGCCCUGGUUAGGGCCCAACCCUUGCGCCGGCACAAAGUCCAGGCCCCUGCCCCUGCGUGGGGCGAGGCCUGCUGGCGGAAUCCUCCCACGGUAGCGGCAGUCUAAACAUC